AUGAUUUCCAGAGGAGGACGACGACAGUUCGUUGAAAGUACGACGAGUCAACAGAUUUUGGCGCGAUUUUUCUCCUCCCAAAAUCAGACGUCGGUUCGAAAUCUUCAUCAUCAUCAUCAUCAUCAUCAUCCGUUGGUGGUGUUUUCUUCUUCUUCUUCCUCCUCUUCGUCCUCAAACUCGGCGCGCUGUUCUCCGUCCUCUUCGUCGUCUUUGUUGUCGUCGCAAAAGAGACAACAAAGAAGGGGGGUGGUGACAACGACGACGAAAGAGAAGAAGAACGACUCUCAUCAUGGCGGCGAUGAUGCAAUCGGAGGAAAAAUACCAAAGAAGAAUAGUAGCAGUAGCAGCGUUUUCCAGAAUGAUAAUAAAACGAUCGCGAGAUCUAACAGAGGAUUUGCGGCAGCGGCAGCGAAAUCUCCGGAGGAUUACCCUCCGCACUCGGUGAUUCCGUUUCCGUCGCUCUCGCCGACGAUGACGCAAGGCGGCGUCGCGUCGUGGGCGGUGAGCGAAGGCGCGAAGAUUAACGCCGGGGAUAUUUUAGCGGAAAUUCAAACCGAUAAGGCGACCAUGGAGAUGGAAUGCAUGGACGACGGGUACUUGGCGAAGAUUUUGGUUCCAGCUGGAGAAGCGGACGAUAUACCGAUUGGAAGAGCGAUUGCGGUGACGUGCGAAAACGAGGAGGACGUGGGGAAAUUCGCGGAUUACGUGGCGGAAGAUACCGUUGGUAAUGCUUCUGUGUUGGACAGUGGCGAAACUUCUUUAGCAUCCGCGGCGGACGAACCCGCGGCGAAAGCGAUUUUGGAACGACCGGAGUACGAGGCGAUUAAAAAAGGAGAUUUGACGAGAAACUCGCGAGCGGCUGGGAGAGACUUAGACGGAUCGAAAGACGAAGAUUUGAACGGCGGUACCGCCACGGCUUCAAAACUCCCAGCGGAUUCACCAAGUAUGACCGUCCGCGACGCCUUGAACUCCGCGUUGUCCGAAGAAAUGACCAGAGACGAAAAAGUGUUCAUCAUUGGGGAAGAAGUCGGCGAAUACCAAGGCGCGUAUAAAAUCACCAAAGGGUUGCACCAAAAGUUUGGCGCCGAACGCGUUCGAGAUACGCCCAUCACCGAAGCCGGUUUUACCGGCAUCGCGUGUGGUGCCGCAUUUAUGGGUUUAAAACCAGUCGUCGAGUUUAUGACGUUCAACUUUGCGUUACAAUCGAUUGAUCACAUCGUCAACUCCGCCGCGAAGACGCUAUACAUGUCCGCCGGUACCAUCUCGUGUCCGAUUGUAUUCAGAGGUCCAAACGGCGCCGCCGCCGGAGUCGGUGCGCAGCACUCCCAGUGCUUCGCCGCCUGGUACAUGUCCAUCCCCGGUUUGAAAGUUUUAGCCCCGUACGACGCGGAAGACGCGAGAGGGUUAAUGAAAGCCGCCAUUCGCGACCCGGAUCCAGUCGUUUUCCUCGAAAACGAACUCUUAUACGGCGAAAGCUUCCAACUCCCGAAAGAAGCCUUAGACGAAGAUUUCACCAUUGAAAUUGGCAAAGCAAAAAUCAUGCGAGAAGGUUCCGACGUCACUUUCGUCGCCUUCUCCAAAAUGGUCGGCUACUGCUUAAAAGCCGCCGAAGAGCUCGAAAAAGACGGCGUGAACGCGGAAGUCAUCAACCUUCGCUCUUUGCGUCCGUUCGACCGCGAAGCCGUCGCUCGAUCGGCCAAAAAAACCGGACGCGUCGUCAUCGUCGAAGAAGGCUGGCCGCAAUGCGGCGUCGGGUCUGAAAUCGCCGCCUGCGUGAACGAAGACGCGUUCGACUACUUGGACGCCCCGGUGGAAAGAGUCACCGGCGUCGACAUCCCGAUGCCCUACGCCGCAAACUUGGAAGCGAUGGCCUUGCCGAAACCAGCCGAUAUCGUUUCCGUGGCCAAAAGGACUUUGUUUCGAGGCGAUUAA